CGACCGACCGACGGACAGACCGACCGGGUGAGAGGAUGUGAAGAUGGCGGAGCUACAGAUGCUGCUGGAGGAGGAGAUCCCGGGGGGGCGCCGGGCCCUGUUCGACAGCUACACGAACCUGGAGCGGGUGGCCGAGUACUGCGAGACCAACUACAUCCAGUCAGCAGAUAAGCAGCGAGCCCUGGAAGAAACCAAAGCCUACACAACCCAGUCAUUAGCAAGCGUAGCCUAUCUGAUCAACACUUUGGCCAACAAUGUUCUCCAAAUGCUGGAUAUCCAGGCAUCCCAACUCCGACGCAUGGAAUCUUCAAUCAACCAUAUUUCACAAACGGUGGACAUUCACAAAGAGAAAGUUGCUAGAAGAGAAAUUGGUAUCUUGACUACAAACAAAAACACCUCAAGAACUCACAAAAUCAUUGCACCAGCUAACUUGGAGCGACCAGUUCGCUACAUCAGGAAACCUAUUGAUUAUACAAUUCUAGAUGAUAUUGGACAUGGAGUGAAGUGGUUGCUUAGAUUUAAGGUCAGCACACAGAACAUGAAGAUGGGUGGGCUUCCUCGUACAACACCGCCCACCCAGAAGCCACCAAGUCCACCCAUGUCAGGAAAAGGAACUAUUGGGCGGCACUCCCCGUACCGCACGCUGGAGCCGGUUCGGCCCCCGGUGGUGCCCAACGACUACGUGCCGAGCCCCACGCGCAACAUGGCGCCCUCCCAGCAGAGCCCCGUCAGGACGGCCUCCGUCAACCAGAGGAACCGCACCUACAGCAGCAGUGGGAGUAGUGGAGGAAGCCACCCAAGUAGUCGGAGCAGCAGUCGAGAGAACAGUGGAAGUGGAAGUGUAGGUGUUCCCAUUGCUGUUCCCACACCAUCUCCUCCUAGUGUCUAUCCAGCCCCUGCUGGCUCAGCUGGCACUUCUCCCCUUCCUGCUACCUCUGCUCCUGCCCCCACUCCUCCUGCUCCUGCCCCUUCCUCUGCUGCCCCAGAUGCUGCUGCUGCUGCAGGAGCUCAGCCCCUUGCUGAUGGCUUCACCUCUCCAACUCCCCCCGCUGUUUCUUCCACACCCUCUACAGGUCACCCAGUUCAGUUCUACAGCAUGAACAGGCCAGCAUCUCGACACACCCCCCCGACAAUAGGGGGCUCUUUGCCAUAUCGGCGUCCUCCUUCCAUCACAUCCCAGACAAGCCUUCAGAACCAGAUGAACGGAGGACCUUUUUAUAACCAGAACCCAGCAUCCCUUGCUCCUCCUCCCCCCUCCAUCCUACAGGUAACUCCACAGUUACCACUAAUGGGAUUUGUGGCCAGAGUUCAAGAAAACAUUUCAGAUACUCCUCCCCCACCACCGCCUGUGGAUGAGGCAGUGUUUGAUGAGUCUCCACCUCCACCUCCACCUCCAGAGGAUUAUGAAGAGGAGGAAGCAGCCGUGGUGGAGUACAGUGAUCCGUAUGCUGAGGAGGAUCCUCCUUGGGCACCAAGGACAUACUUAGAAAAGGUGGUGGCGAUCUAUGACUACACCAAGGACAAAGAAGAUGAGCUCUCAUUUCAGGAAGGUGCCAUCAUUUACGUCAUCAAGAAAAAUGAUGAUGGCUGGUAUGAGGGGGUCAUGAAUGGAGUGACGGGGCUCUUCCCAGGGAACUACGUGGAGUCGAUCAUGCAUUACUCGGAGUGAAGACUAGAGGACAGAACGCUGCAUCUCCUACUGCAGGAGCUGUCAGGGCUUCCCAGAUCUCCACCAGCUGCUGGGGCCCUAUCCCGUAUAACUGAAUGAAGGAUAAUUGUAACAACCACUCUUUGGGUUUGGUUUGUUUUUUUUUUUUUCCUUUUUUCCCCCUCAUUAUAAAACAAUAGUGAUUUGAGUUCUUCGAACAAAUGGCUCUUCCAGCGGGCCAGCAGAGGCUAUCCUGAGCCAUCUGACUCUGAAUUAAGCUGACCCAUUCAGAUGUAACAAACUUGUUGAGUAGCUGAUACUUCACUCGAAUUCUGACUUCUUCUGACAGGCCUUGGGAUCUGUCUCAGGAAUCCUGUGUGCCCCCAUGGUACUACCACUGGCAGCAAUGCCUGGCACUGGGGAUGUCCUGGAUGCUUGUGGUGAAGGUUACUGGCCAGUGGACAUCCCUCCUGUUUCUACUCUACACUCCUGUGCAGCUGGAAGAACAGUCGUGUGCUAGCAAACACUGGGAUUUCUGCACAGAGACGUUUCUGUAACUGACUUCCAGAUAGCUGGAUAAAUCUUUAGCGUAAACACUUCUGCAGCUGCUCUGCACAUGUAGGCUGACGCAGGGGCACACAGAGCUGGCUUUCAUUCACUCACCUUUCAGUUCAGACAAUUAAGAUGGCUGCAGCCCAGAGGACCCCCACCCCCAUUUCCUCAUCUUUUGAAUGCCACAUAUUUGUUUUGUGUUCUGCACUGAUGUAAAUGUGCUCCUCUCCACAGCGAGCUCCUUGCCAUGGUUGCUGCCAGUUCAAACAGAACUCACAGAUGCCGUUGAGGGUGAAGGUGAAACAAAGUUUACAGGUCCUCCUGGGGUCUGAGAAUAACCUCUAGGGGGUGUGGUCCAAGGUUCAAAUCUACUCAUGCCUGCUUGCACUAGAGAAACUUGCCCCCAACUUUAGUCUUAUGCACAAUAUAAUCUUAAAAAUCCAAUCAGGUAUUGUAAGUUGGCUAUUUUGUAUUUGAUGACUAGAUUUGCAUAUGUACUGUGAGAGCCCUGUGCAGAGGCAGGACAAACGGCAAUUGUCGUCUUCAUGUCUGUUGCCAAAAUCUCUUCAGUGGAAGUAAAAAGGGCUGUUGUGUGUACUGGUUUCCCAUGGAAAUCCAAGCAGUAACUAGCAGUAGUUCUAGCUCUUCCCCUAACCCUCUCCAUUGUUUAUUAUAAUAGAUAUUUUGAGAUGUACUGGUGGCUUGGGGUGGAGUAAUACCAAUUUGAAGGCUCUGUAGCCCCUUGUGAUAAUACUUGGCUUUUUAAUCUAGUCUCAGUUAAAAAUUCUGCUCUGUGAUUGUACACAGCAGGUCACUGUAAGUGAUGGCUGUACUGUCUGCCUAAGGGAAGGUCUAAGUGUUACCUUUGGGUAAAUAUCAUGCAUUAACUGAUUAAAUUUCCUGUUGAGUCUUGUUAGCCUGCAAAUUGAGCUGAUCCUGUGUUGUGAGAGCCUCCUGGGCCAGGGCAUCUUCCUGGGCGACUUUUGACUGUCACCUGGCCAAGUUCCAGCUGGUACCAACAGUAGCCUCUCCAAGGUGAGACAAUGCUGCAAGACAAUUACCUGUCUUGGAGAGCCCUGUGUGUAAAGCAGAGCAGUGCACAAGAGAGCGCCACCAGAGCUGGGUUUGUGAUGGUAUUGGCAACAGAUAGGUAAUACCAGUCCCUUGCUUGGUAAUUGGUGCAAUACCAGGAUGGAGGUGCAGGUUUGGUGCAAACCUGGGCAGGGAGGUAUCAUAGCUGCUCAAGGGAGAAGAAUGAGAAAAAAGACAGGUGAGGUGUGUUUGCAGGACACGGAGGAAUGUGAUCACCUGCUGUGAGCUUGUGCAAGGUGACAGCAGGCAAGAAACUAGUUUGGUUGAAGUCUGCAGGAGGGACAACUUUGAAGAAACUGGUGUGCAGAUAGAGGUUACUUUCUCCCCUGCUCAAUCCACAUGUAGCCUAAGCACUGUUGUCUUCUUUCUGGAAGCUAACAACAUUAUUGUUUGGGUGUGUUUGCCAGAACAGAUACCCUUAUGCCUUUUUCCUUGUGAAAACUUGUCUUUCAGCAAGACUGGGAGAAGCAGCCAUGUUCAGUUCCCUCAGCCCAUCAUUUCUCUUGCAGCAAGCCCAGAACCACUGGUUGUGUAGUCACUGGAAUGACUGUUUCUAGUGUCCACACUUUUGGCACAGGGAGGCACUGGGCGGUGCUUGCAGCCAGAGUAAUUGAACAGCAGCAUUAACACAGCGUGGCUGUGUUUUCCAGGUCUGUCAGAGCUUUCCUGGCUUCUCUUGCCUUGGGUAUGUUUAUGGCAAGGACUGAGCCCACAAUGCUCAAAUGCAUCGUUAGGGCAGCUCAGUGAGUUACUGAGUGAGCACUUGCCAGAGCCCAGCACAGAAGAUGAGGCUGCAGAACUGUGAAAGUGGAAUGUGUGACAUUCCUUGAAGAACUGGUUUUGGUCUGAUGGGCCAGGGGUUAGUUUGGUCCCUGCUGAUAGCAUGUGGAAUUGUUUAUCCUGCAAGAACUGCUGUGGAUGGAAUUUCUGGUUCACCAACUGCUGGUUUUAUGCUUUCUUAUGCAGUACUAAUGUAAAGAAAUUUGUUGAGUUUUAUGCAUAUUUUUAUUUUGUACAGAUUUUAAUUCUGUGGCUUCUUUGGGGAUGAUGUGAUAUAAUGGUCAUAGACCAGGCCAAGGUAAACAGGCUUUGUAUAUUGAUGUUACAUAGAUUGCACGCUAGUAAAGUCUGUGAGGGUUGUGUUUCCAGUUUUGUCCCCUGUACUUCUUGUCCAAAAUCUUCUCUCCCCCACCCCUUUUUAAUUUACAGGUUUAACUUAAAAGGGGCUUGCAAUUGGGGUUAGGGUGGGGGAGAAACACCUCAGUAUUUUAAAUAGGUGCACAGCAUCUCUUCACUGCUGCGUUCUGCUGCCACACCUGAAAGUGUUCAGCAUCACAGGCUGUUGAAGCAGGAUUGUGUAGGCAUGAGAGGUGGGGGAAAGAGAUGCUACAGCAUAGCCCAAAGAGUGCUGUAUGGCCAAAAUGAAUAUGUUUCUCCCUUUGUGAGAACUGCCUUAGCCCAGCCAGCUGUUUUCAUUGUGCACAGAAAUUGUUCAGCAUUCUCUAGGGGUGUAUUUUGCCUUGGUUUGCUGUAUUAGAGGUUUCUUCCUUCCUCUUGGCCCCAGGGACAAAGCUGUUAAUUACAGCUGCCUCUCCAAAAUGUGCCUGCAUGAGGGGAAGUCUGACUGAGUCUGUCCACAUCUAGUGCCGAAGCAGGUUAAUUUUGGUGCCUUCUUUCCAGCCUAAGAGAGAUGGCUGAGGUUGCAUGUGUCUCACCCAUUUUUUUUCCCCCUCAUCUUGCUUUUUUUUUUUUCCUCUCUCACUGGUUAGAGCAGAGGGCUGAGAAGGGCAGGAGAGGCAAGCAGCCAAUUUUAUGCUUGAGCAUCCAGAGAGCAUGUCCAUGCACACUGGCUCAAGUAGGCACCAGAGAGCUGAAGCGAUGCCUAAACACUUGCUGGUCUCACUGGUGAGACACAGGCAGAUACUGCUGCACUGAAGAGCUACUGCUCUCACUAGAGGACAAGAGAUGUGGCAUGGCCCCAAGGUAGAUGACAGUUUGGUGUGUGUUACCAGGAGGCUGAUCAUGUUCCUGGAAUUCAGCUUGUCCUUGCAGUUAGUUGAGUUAGUUGUUCCUGAAAGUGGCUGGAGAUUGCUGCUGAUCUGACCUACAGGUCCUGUGGUCUGUGGCUGGGGUGGCUUACCCAUGGGUGCCAGAAAGGCUCACACCCAGCUAGUUCUUGCUAGAGCAAUUUGUUCUCCUUUCACAGCUGCUGGGCAUUUUCUUUCUUUGCUGCUGAAGGUUUUUGGUGACAGCCAAAGUUGACAUUGGCAGUGAUUCAGCUUCUGAGAAGAGCCACUUUUAUCCAGGGUGUUUCAGUUGAUCAUGAGAAGAAAGCCACGCAGCAGCAGGACUGAUGAACCUUUUCUGGCAGAGGGUGGGCUGCCUGCCUGCUGUGUGUGUGCGUGUUGUUGCCUAGAGGUGGAAGAAGGUUGUGCACUGACAUUUUUGUGCUUCUGUGGUGUCUCCCACCUGUGCUUGAUGGUGACUUAGGAAGAGCUCAGCACUAGCAACUUCUACGACUUCUUAGCAAAAACGCUGCUGGAAAUGAGCUUGCUUUUUUAUUAUGUCUGUGGGCUCCAGGCAUAAAGCAAAACUCAUGUUUUCCUUUCUGGUAAGGAUAGAACUUUAUGUGGGUUAGUAAACUGGGAGCAUUUACAGGGCUUCUCCUCCUUGGAGUUGGGACAGGACAUUUUGUAAAACAGGCAGUGUCUGUAUGCUCUGCAGGCCAACUUUUUGGAAGCUGCUAGAGGAUGCUAGUGAAGAGACCAUGGUGCUGUGGCUUUGCUAGGAGCAGUACUUAUAUUCACAGUAUAGAGAGUCACUGAAAAAGCACUGCAGCAGUUUAGGCAGCAUUACCAACACCAUGUAGAGACUUCAGUUCCCACGUUGGCAACUGUGGCAGUGGAAAACCUACAGCCCUGUUGCAUUCACUAAGGCAAGUAUUUACAACAUUAAUCUCAAGAGAAGAUGGUGGUGGAAACUGAGCAUUAGGUAGAUGAUGGGCUACAGCUUAUAAGGUGCCACUUACAAGAAUCUGCUGUGCUUACAGGUCUAUUCACCUUCCCCAUCUUUUGGCAUCUCCCAGUAUUUGGUGCUGCAACAUUAUUACACAGAGGUCAGAACAGUACCAGAAUGGAACAAUGUGUGGUUUGGGGUUUUUUCGCCCCCUGUAGCUGAAGUCAGUGUGUAGUAACAAUCCCAUUGAUCUACUUCUGAUUUUAAAACUUCAAGAAUAGUGGGACCUCCACCUCAUGUCCUUGGGGAGGUUGCUGAAAGCUUGGUGCAGCCAAGGUUUGACAACUGCUAUAAGAAAGAGUAAUUCACAGACCACGGUGUUCUGCUGCUGUCAUCCAAAAAAAUCCCCACCCAUGUGUUUUGUUCAAUCUCCUACCCAUGCAGGAAGAGUUUGUUUCUUUGGUACUCUAAAUAUACUAAUUUUAUUAGCACCUGUGCUUAUAAGCAAGAUGUGUUAGGAAACAGUGAAGGCAGCAGCAGCCUGAUGGCCAGAGGUCAGCCUACAGCCAGCAACCUGCUGAACAGAUAUGGUGACCCUGCUGAAAUGUGUGCAGUACGUUUGUUCCAGUUUCUCAUAACACCUCAGAAGAAUCCUACCACUACUGACUAAUAGGAAGAGCUGUGUACAAAUUCAUUUCCAUUACAGCGCCUUGGUAAAGUGCUGAUAUGUCUGAGAUUUUUUGGUAAAGAACAAGUGCUUCUUUUCACAUUUGAAAAAAAUGUCUUUUGCAACUUGCAUGGACAAACAGUUUCUAUGAAUUCUCUGGAGAUGUCAGUGUCUAACAUGGAUUUUGUCCAUGCACUUUUUUCUGAAAGCAGAUACCCCCUUUGGUUUGCAGUCAGAGGAGUAUCACGCUGUGCUUUUGCUUUUGGUACUGCUGAUGCAGUGGAUGAGUGCAGAGCCCACUGUAAAUGACCAAGCCCAUAGGACUCUGGGGAGCUGUAUGCCACCAGUAACAUUUUAUUGUGUGUGCCAUUUGAACCACCUUCCAGUGAGUGCAAAACCCAAUUUUUAAAUUUUUUUAAUUGUACUUGGAAUUAACUGUUGCUGUGUACUAAACCCUCUUGUUACAAGCCCUAAAUAAAAGGAACAAAGCACACCCCA